UCCGGGUCGGUCGGUGAUGAAAUAACUCAUGAGAAAUUGGAUUUGCAGCAAAGAUUUGCUUCUUAUUUGUGCAAACAUAGCAACUAAAGUUGAUUAUAUGAGCGUCGCCGUGGUGUCAAAGUAAGCUGGAGAGGCUUGCUUGCUAGCUAACUAGUCUCGACAAGUUUGAUACGGAUCAAGUCUUUGUUGGUUUUUACGAAAUGUGUUUGCUGCUCGGUGCAACCGGUGUUGGAAAAACUCUUCUCUUGAAACGUUUACAGAAACUCAGUGUGAGAGAUGGCACAACUGAUUUAGGGGAACCCCCUGUUACUCUACCUACGGUGGGCACCAACCUGACAGACCUGACUCUGAAGAGGAAGAGGGUGACUGUGAGAGAGCUGGGAGGCUGUAUGGGUCCUAUCUGGCCCAGUUACUAUACGGACUGUUCCUCUGUCAUCUUCAUGGUGGACUCUGCUAACACCACCCAGGUGUCGUCGUCCUGUAUCCAGCUCCUGUCUGUCCUCUCUGCUGAACCUCUCCACACAGCCUCUGUCCUGGUUAUCUUCAACAAGAGGGACCUCCCUUGUACCAUGAGUCUCGUAGAGAUGAUGUCACUGUUCAGGAUGGAUGACAUCAUCGCCUCUGCCACCCAGCCAAUCACGACCCUGGAACUGAGCGCUCGUUCCGGCCAGGGACUCCAGGAGGUGUUGGGCUGGCUGCACUCCACCCUAACUGACUGACAGAGUGAUGUCAUAGAAGCAUCUUCCUUCCGGGAAGCAGUUCCUCAUUGCUGGUGCUUUCAAGACAACUGGGAACUCUGGGAAAAAUACGAGGUUAAAUCAUAACGUCAGUGAUUUUCAGGUCAGAAAGUCGGUGCUGUAGGAGGCCCGAGUUUCCGAGUUGGAAUUUCAAGUUGGAUGACCGUUAAAAAAAUUAUUUAAAAAACUGUUAUCUUGAACGCACUGAAGUCAGAGAUUUCUGAGUUCCCAGUUGCUUUGAACGCAGCAUAAGUGACGUCAUUGUCACUGAACUUGGAAUGAUGUCACCACCGACUGGAAAGUGAGGGUACUGUAUCUCACGCAGUUACACAUGAAUCCCGUUGGCAAGAAGAUGUCCUCCUCCUCAUGAUCUCAGCACACCAGGAAUGAUCUGUCAUUCACAUGGGAUCACGUCUGAUUGAGGAGGCCUGAUAUUAAUGCUGUUAUGGAUGGAAUAUCAUGCCUGUAUUUAUUGUCAGCACUCUGUAUAGACACUGUAUCUACCAGCAGUUGUUUUUUAAAGGCUGAGGGAGAACACUGUUAUAUCAUUUGGUUUAAGUAUUUCCAAAUAGGGAAAUGCAUAAUCAUGUGUGCAGUAGUGUCCUCGAUGUAGCCUAACUAUACUGGAGUAGUGUCCUCGAUGUAGCCUAACUAUACUGGAGUAGUGUCCUCGAUGUAGCCUAACUAUGCUGGAUUCAUUGAUAUGGGGAAAUGAUGGAUGACAGUGGAAAUACAGUAACUGUCAUACAGGUGUGUGGAAAUACAGUAACUGUCAUACAGGUGUGUGGAAAUACAGUAACUGUCAGAGGUGUGUGGAAAUACAGUAACUGUCAUAGAGGUGUGUGGAAAUACAGUAACUGUCAUAGAGGUGUGUGGAAAUACAGUAACUGUCAUAGAGGUGUGUGGAAAUACAGUAACUGUCAUAGGUGUGUGGAAAUACAGUAACUGUCAUACAGGUGUGUGGAAAUACAGUAACUGUCAUACAGGUGUGUGGAAAUACAGUAACUGUCAUAGAGGUGUGUGGAAAUACAGUAACUGUCAUAGAGGUGUGUGGAAAUACAGUAACUGUCAUCGAGGUGUGUGGAAAUACAGUAACUGUCAUAGAGGUGUGUGGAAAUACAGUAACUCAUAGAGGUGUGUGGAAAUACAGUAACUGUCAUAGAGGUGUGUGGAAAUACAGUAACUGUCAUACAGGUGUGUGGAAAUACAGUAACUGUCAUAGAGGUGUGUGGAAAUACAGUAACUGUCAUAGAGGUGUGUGGAAAUACAGUAACUGUCAUAGAGGUGUGUGGAAAUACAGUAACUGUCAUACAGGUGUGUGGAGAUACAGUAACUGUCAUACAGGUGUUUGGCCUCCGGGGGGCAGACAGACAUCGUGUAGAAAAAUCAACUCUUUGAAGAGUGUGCUUCUCUUAAGCAUUCGAUAUGUAGAAACAUUCCAUUAUAAAGUGUUUGAUAUUACAAUCUAGCUAGGCAUAUAUAUGUAUAUAUUACACACAGUCAUGUAUUAACAGAUGUAAAAAGGUUGAAUGGUAUCAAAGCAACAAAUAUACUAUUGAUCAACAUGAUCAUGAAAUAAAAGCUGUAAAAUAUGAAGGAAUGCAGAUGCCAGGUGUUGUU